CGGAAAUGCCUGCCGCUGUAUGGUACCGCCAAGUGUCGGGUCGGCCCAGCUCAGAGUGAAGGAGGCAUCCGUGCGGGGAAGGAGUCCCAGCACAGAAGCAAGAGGAGGAAGAGGAGGAGGAGGAGGAGGAAGAGGAGGAGUAGGCUAUUUGAAUACUGCUGAUUGUCAAGCUCCAUCCUGAACGACUGCUGAGCUGAAAUGGUUCCUGCCAGCCUCUGACCUCUGAGCUGUGGCCCCCCCCGUUGGCCUGUUCGUGUGGAGACCUCUGCUGUUUGCUGGUUUUUACUGUGGGAUGGCAGUGAUGAUGAAGAGGAGGAGAACGAGGUGCAGACACAGCUCGGCUGCACGUGUAUGUGUGUGAAAGGAAGGCAAAGGUCGUCGCACCUGCAUCACGUGGACACAGGAGGGAUUAGUCUGCUCAGUCUUGGAAUAUAAUGCAGACAUUUUUUGACAUUUUGCAUUAAUGAUUUUUUAAUUGUUGAGACCACCUUUCUGGAAAUUCUGAGACUAAAACCUGGGAUAUUCUAGAGCAUUUCUUCAGAUUUUUUAAAUUACAAUGAAUUUUUAGCGAGUUAAGACUAUCAAGUGUGAUCUUAAAACACUUUUCUGUUCUCUGCUUCCUGCUUUAACAGUUUGGGUAACAGCUACUUCUAUUCAGUUGAAACUUUCUCAGUAUUUUUCAAUCCUCUGUUGGGGGUCUUCUUCACCUUUUGACUUUCAUCCUCCUCUGUGCUGGAGGAAAUGGCUCUGUCUCCUUCAAUACGAGAACGGACGACAGCUAGCUGACUCCUGGAGGGAGUGAGGCUGAGAGACCCGAGGGACGAAAGAGGGAGGGAGAGAGAGCGUGAGAAAGAGGGGAUUAUGUCGUGGAAGAGGAACUACUUUGCGUCAGGCGUCGUUGGAAGCGGAGCUGGUGGCGGCAGCGGCGGUGUCGGUGGUGUAGGGAUGUUGACACCUCGGACCAUGACGUCCAUCGCUCCCAGUAAAGGGCUGAGCAACGAGCCGGGACAGAACAGCUGCUUCCUGAACAGCGCCCUGCAGGUUCUGUGGCACCUCGAUAUCUUCAGACGUAGUUUCCGUCAGCUGACGACUCACAAGUGCAUGGAGGACUCGUGCAUUUUCUGCGCUCUGAAGAGCAUCUUUGCUCAGUUUCAGUACAGCAGUGAGAAAGUUCUACCAUCAGACGCUCUUCGCAGCGCCCUGGCCAAAACCUUUCAGGAUGAGCAGAGGUUUCAGCUGGGCAUCAUGGACGACGCUGCAGAGUGCUUUGAAAACAUACUGAUGAGGAUCCACUUCCAUAUUGCAGACGAGACCAAAGAAGACAUCUGCACAGCCAGACACUGCAUUCCCCACCAGAAGUUUGCCAUGACGCUGUUUGAACAGUGUGUGUGCAGCAGCUGUGGAGCGUCCUCAGACCCACUGCCCUUCAUUCAGAUGGUCCACUACAUCUCCACCACCUCCCUGUGUAACCAGGCAGUGAAGAUGUUGGAGUCUAGAGAGAAAGCCACUCCUGGCAUGUUUGGGGAGCUUCUGCGGAACGCCAGCAUGGGCGACCUGCGCAGUUGUCCGAGUCAGUGUGGUCAGCAGCUCAGGAUGGCUCGUGUCCUCCUCAACAGCCCGGAGAUCAUCACCAUCGGUCUAGUGUGGGACUCGGAUCACUCAGACCUCGCUGAAGACGUCAUACACACUCUGGGAACCUGCCUCCGUCUGGGAGAUUUGUUUUACAGAGUUACAGAGGAGAAGGCUCGACAAUCAGAGCUCUACCUGGUGGGCAUGGUGUGUUACUACGGAAAGCACUACUCUACCUUCUUUUUCCAGACAAAAAUCCGACGAUGGAUGUACUUUGAUGACGCACACGUAAAGGAGAUUGGUCCCAAGUGGAAGGACGUAGUCUCACGCUGCAUUAAAGGCCACUACCAGCCUCUGCUGCUGCUCUACGCAGACCCCCGUGGGACUCCAGUGUCAGUGCAGGAUCUGCCCUCACGUUUCGAUCUCCAACAGCUCAACAAGGCCUGCUACGACAGCGAAGACUCGGGCCGCGAGCAGUCUAUCUCCAGCGACACUCGCACCGAUUCGUCGACGGAGAGCUACUCGUACCGACAGCCCUCCCACUCGCACCAUGAGUCCCUGGCCAGUCACUACUCCUCUGACUCCCAGGGAACCGUCAUCUGCAUCGAGCGCCCAGAUGGACCCUUGCACACCUCGCUCUGCAGCCUGGAUACCAUAGGCCACGUGACCGACAGUGAGCAGCACCAAUCUCUGAGGAAGGGAGGCGGGGCCGGGGAUAGGAGGCGGAGCUCUAGCCGCCACCGGCGAUCUAAACCUGACAACGAAGCCUCGUCAGCCGGUUACCACAGUGAGGGAGAGACUUUGAAGGAGAAGAAAGUACCUCGUCACCUCCCCAAACCGUCCUCCUCCUUCUCAUCCUCAACUAGUCGCCUGCGAGAUUUAAGGGAGACCAUGAGCAACAUCAUCCACAACCGACCCCUCUCCUCCUCUUCCUCCUCCUCUUUACCUGCUGCCGUCCUAUCUGAAAUCACCUCCUCCACCAACAACCACCACCACCCUGUCAGUGCUCCUGCUCCCUGCUCCUCCUCCAAUAAACCCCAGGAUUGGGAGGCCGACAGCACCAGCAGCGAGUCCAAGUCCAGCUGCUCUGGAGGAGCUGGGUCAGGGAGGUACCGGCCAGCAUGGAGGCCACGUAGGGAGGCGCUCAAUAUCGACAGUAUCUUCAACAGGGAGAGGCGAAGGCAGGCGGGGUACAGUCCACUUGGAGCCUCCCUGCUCGACGAUGGUGGAGCUCCAGCUGCUGAAGGAGCAGACUCUUCCCUACCAGGCCAGGAGAAGGUGACAUCUGUCAGGCCUGGUUCUUCCUGGACUCUACCAACCUCCUUUAGCAGCCACAGAGGAGCUGGAGACAGAGCAGGAGCUGAGCUACCUCCUCCUCCUCCCCCUCCUCCCAGGCUGAUCCAGAGGAUGGAGAGCGGAUAUGAGAGCAGCGAGAGGAACAGCAGCAGCCCGGUCAGCCUGGAUCUGAACGUGGGAGACCGGGAGUGUGCUGUGAAGAAGGCUCCAUCCUCCUCUUCUUCCUCUGGACCGUCAUGGAAGAACUCGAGGUCAAAAAGCAGUGGUGCUCUGCUGCAGGAGCUCAGCUCUACUGGCCUUGCACCCCCUGCAGGCCGUAGUGAGCUGGAUGAACUGCAGGAGGAGGUUCAGAGGAGAGCGAGGGAGGAGGAGCAUCAUAGAAGACAGGAAAAAGAGAGGGAGGCGGCCUUAGGCUUUAACCCCCGUCCCAGCAAGUACCUGGACCUGGACCAGCUGCAGAUCCAGGGUAAAGGAGACAACUUUGAGCGGUGUGUGUCAGAAGCAGAGCUUCUGCUGGACCAGUCAGUGCGUUUGGAGCAGGCGGGGGAGGUCGCCGCGGCACUGUCAGCUGUCAACGAAGCAGUCUCCAAACUGCAGCCGAUGGCAGUGAGUGGAGCUAGUAGUAACAGUCGACUGCAGCGCUGCAUGAGGAGAGCCCGCAGUCUGCAGCAACGCAUGCAACUGCAGCAGCAGCAGCAGCAGCAGGACUCAGAUGCAGGCACACAACAACCAGUGCAACCACAGGAGGAGGGGCAGCAGCUCCAGGACCAGCCCAGUGAAGAGCCUCUCUCGCUCCAAAUACUUCUGACUGACAGACAGGGGGACCAAUCAGCUGCCAGUCUGGACCAGCAGGCCAUGCCUCUUUCUUCCUGCCUUCUUAAGCCCCUCCCCCCCAGCUCAGCUGACUCCAACUCCAGCAGCAGGGCCAUUUCAAGUUCACCUAGGGAAGAGAGUAGGACCAGGGGCCCUUGCUCCCGCACUGGGAAACCCCUCCCCUUCACUGGCUCUCUCCCGGCUCUGUAUGUGGACCCUUUGGAGCAGACCAACCAUGAAAACUUGGGUCCACCCCCUCCCACUGAGAAGGUAGACCACGCAGUCUCAUGGACCAGAACGCCUCCUGUCUCCAUCCCCACAAGUGAAUCCCCUCAACCGAGUCCGUAUUCACUGACCCUGUCACCUAUUAGCUCCAAUGAAAGUUGUCAUCCCAUCAUGAAGGAGGAGAGUUACAUCACACACCCACAGACCAAGCCCCCUCACAACUCCAGGAUAGCCCCGCCUCCUUCCCCUAACACAACCAGAAAUUGGUCCUGCCUACACGUGGAUCAAACUGAUGUUGUUGAUUCCCCCAGCGACCCACCAAUUAGCUUGCCCACCUUCUCCCUACCAGAGUCCCCUUCCAGCACCCCCUCAUUGCCUGCGAGCCAACCCGGUCUCCCUUUCCCCUCCCUCACCCCAACUCAGGACUACAGAGCCGCCCUCCCUGUGGAGCGCUGGGCUGAGAACGUCAACAGAUACUACGGCUCCCAGCACGCAACUGGAGGAGUUGGAGCGAUGCCUGACGAGGAGCUGUCAGAGCUGGACUCUCUGUACCAGGCCAGUCUGCUGGCUCCCAGCAUGCAACGGGGCAGCCGAGGAGUCAGUCCUCAGCCGACCAACAACAAACCAGGUGUGAGGAGGAUGCUGUCAGGAUUAGGACGUUCAAAAACACCAACAGCUGAGAUCGAGAGAUACGCCUACAGAACACCAGUUACACCUACUCAUAAGCCUGCGGGUGAGGAUGAGAACUACAGUGCAGAAAACCUGAGACGCAUCGCCCGCAGCCUGAGUGGAACUGUCAUUGGGUCACGACCCCAAAACCUCGGCCCCUCUCGCAUCUGUGAUGCCACUCUGCCCAGACCCCCCCUCAGACAGGCCGACCAUCACCCCUCCUCCUCCUCCUCCUCCUCCUCAUCCCUCCUCCGUCGCCCCAGCACCUCCUCCCUGCACCUCCCCUCUUCCUCCUCCUCCUCUUCCUCCACCUCCUUCCCUGCAGAUCACUCCCACCACCACCACCACCUCCAACACCACCAACCCCGAAACCACGGCCCCUCAGCUCCUGCACCUCCUCCACAGCACCCCCCCACGCAGACAUCACGGCCCCUGAGCUCAGGCCUCUCCUCCAGGGGACACUCAGGACCUGGAGCAGGAGUCCAGCUGCAGUUUCUGGCUGUGUCUGACAGGCAUCAAGCUCUCCCAGGUCAAAGCCUCCACAGUGUUGCGCUGAGUUACGGCACUCUACCCCGGGCUCCUCGUCGGGUCCCUCCUCACUCCUCCACCUCCUCCCUCCCCAGACCCCGGGUCAGCUCUGGGCCUAACCUCCCAACAGGUCCUCAGGGUCUCUACGCCACCCUUUCCCACCCUCGGCGCUCUGCCAACACUAACAGUCACUUCAGGCAACCAUCCCAGCCCGGUAGAGUGAACGGGUCCUCCUCCUACACCCCUCACCCUAUCAGGGUGACGGGGGAGCCCCCCAUCCAGCCGCUCCGCCUAGACGUGCCACCUGACACUGACUGGCGCCGGGAAGCCGAAUAUAGGACUGCUCCACUUAGCUCCUCCUGGGACCCUCGCACCGCUUGCCACCACCAGCCCCUUCAGAGGACCAUCUCCCACCAGCCCCCCACCAACCGGCCUCGCAGAGACCCCCACCUCUGCUCACUGUGCCAGCAACUCCCUGCUGAGCCGUCACGCCCUUACUGCUCAUCCUGUGGAGCCUACGUGGCUCGGUUUCGCCCGGCUAGUUGAUCGGGACGGAGGCAUACCACCACACCCCCUGCAGACCCCUCAGUUACAGAGUCAUUAACUAGACGUCUCAUAUCAAACAACACGAGGUGAACUCAGAUGUAAAAGGUUCUGUUAUUGUAUUUACAUCGUGCCAACAAGUAAUUAUAUCCUCCUCUGGCUGUGAGGCCCCGCUCCUUCUGAUUGGUGGAUCUCACUGUUAGAUAAAGCUCUCUGAUUGGUCUGCAGCUUCAAGUGAGGAAACCAAACUUCAGUCUUAGUUUAAGUUUCUUCAGUUUAGAAACGGUUGCCUCAAAAUAAACUGCAGAAACGACUCUCUACAGCCACAUGGACCUGACGACAAAAACACAACGUGCAGGGCCACAAAUCAAACAACGUCACAGAGACAGAACUAUAUUCAGAAUCCGUCAAUGAAUGUCUGCUGGAUUAAAGCACAUUUAGAUUUCUAAUGGAUAAAGCACUAGCGUUGAUCACGAGACAAUCAGCUGUUGAUGCAAGCUUGUGGAUGUGAUCAGAAGCUGCUGUCUGUUCAACUUUUCAGCCUCACUCUGAUCAAACUGCUGACACAUCUGUAAACAUGCAGGAAGCUCCAGGUAUGAGUCUGGAUCCACAAGGUGUCAGAGUUUUGACAAAAGCAGGAAUCUGAAGAGGCAGAGAGCUUAUUAUCAGUAAGAUGAAAGUAAAACGUGUCAGAGUUCCAGGUUGUCAGACUGGAUGGUAAACUGAGUGUGUUUGAAUGCAGGACUGAUGGUUGUACAAAACAAGGCGUAAGAAAAUAUCCCCUUGUUGUUAAAGAAGCCAGAAAUUGUAGUCAGUGAAAGAGAAGUAAUGAGUCACUGCAGUUUUGCCUCAGACAAACAAUUUGAAUUAAUUCAUUAACCAUUACAACACAUUUAGAUUACUCAACAUUUAAACCAAACUCAGCAGCAAAAUAAGUUUGAGCUGUGGGUCACGUCAUUUCCUUUAUUUUUACAUUUUAUAACACAAUGUUUUAACACUAUUUAUUAAAUCUCUUUCAGUAUUUGCUUAAAAAUUAUCUUAAGAAAGCAACAUUUUUUUUAUUACCUGAGGCAGUAAAGUCCACUUUAUGACAUUCAUUCUUUUCUCAGCUUGUUGCUUCGUUAUUGAUAUUCUACUCUUUUUCUUUUGCCUGACCAGCAGUCCGAAUCGCUCAACAUGUUCAGUUUACUGUCAUAGAAAAGAACAGAGGAACAUUUUUGGGGCCUCAAAAUGAGUUAUAAACGAUGAAGUGAUGAUAAGAAGACUCUCCUCUUUAGCUUUAGUGGUUUGACUCUGACACAGACCGCUUCAGGCUUCAGUCUGAGAGACUUCCUGUGAUGUGUCUGUAUUUUGAUCUCUAGGUUGGACGUUGAACUGACACCAUGUUUCGGCAGUUGCACUGUAGAAAUAAAAUAUAUAUUGAAUACUGAUACAAAAUAUAUAUACUGUAUCUUUGUGCUGAAGCUUCAGAGCGGCACAGAUCUAAACAGGAAAUGAAGGACUGGAAGACUCGACAGGAAGUAGAAGAGCUCUUUUCUUCAGUGUCUUUCUGUAUGAAUCUACUCUACUUGUUACUCUAUUUAUUUUUGUAGCUUGUCGACUGAGUUGUGCAUAUAUUAACAAACUAUUCUAUCUGCCUAACCUGAAUAUAUACUCUAUAGACCUCAUCUAAUUUUCUAAAGCUAGUUAGUUGCCUGGUUUGGGAUGUGGAGCCUUCUUGUACUUGUUAGAUGAUUUUAGAUUAUCAACAAAAGCUUUUAUUUUGACAGAGUUGCAGCUAAUAUUUAGCAUGAUGUUUUCAGACGUAUUCUAGCCUUGAGAGAAUCACUCUACCGUGUGUACAUUUAUUGUAAUGAUGAUAUAUGCAGAUCUUUUUUAGUGCAGCCGUGCAGCUGCAUGUAACUCUACUUUAGUGCACUUCAGAAGUGUUGAGGAUAGAUUUCUUUCUGUGCUUGUUGCUCAUUUUAGUUUUGACAUCUCUCCCGUUGUUCAGGGAGACGUUUCUGGUUUUGUUUCUGGAUUCUUACCACAUUAGGAUGGUUUUUGAUCAUAAAGGAUCACGAUAAAGAGCAGUGCACUGUUUGGUAAUGGUUUGAGUUGAUCUGUCCUACUGCCAAGGACCCAACCGGCCCACCUGGAGCUAAAGGUGAGCUAAACAAACACACCCAUGUCUGGUCUGAAGUCAGUAUGAAUAUUAUUUUACUAUAACAAUAACAAAUCAUUUAAUCAGAUUAGAGUUUAUGAAUCUGUGGCUCCAAACUCUCUCCUGCUGUUUGACUGACAGGAUGUCUCCUUUUCAGAAUAAAAGCUCAGACCAGACCUGAGUUCAUAAUAUGACUAAUACUGGUGCAUUAUAAUGCUGAAGAGAAGUAUUUCUUUUUCCCAACAUGUCACAUAUAUUUUUUCCAUAUUGCUUUGCUUUGCCAGAUUUUAUUUUGUUGAUUUUGGUAUAUUUUUGAUGCUUAUUUUUCUACACUGUAGACCUAACAGAGAUGAUAAGAUGAUUAAAAUGUUUAAAGGAAACCUUGAAA